GGCCUCUUCGCCGAUUUAUAUACGGAGUACAAACGUGCGAGUUUAAGGGUGGAUAGUUGGCAUCGAAUCCAUUACCGCUGAGUAUCUUUUCGUCGUCCAAGCGUACAUCCCACCACCAUGGCUACUGAAACCGUUACUGCUUCUACUCGGGUCUACAGCCCAUUCAGAUUGAUCGCUUCUGAGGGAGACUGGCUCGACCAGCUAGAAUCUCAAGGCUAUGCUGUCGUGAAAGGUGCUGUUCCCCCUGAGCGCGCCCAGUAUUAUCAGCAGAAAGCCAUCGAAUGGCUCCAGACCUUUGAUCCGGCUCUGGACCCGAACGACCCGUCGACGUGGAAGAAGGAGAAGCUUCCGGUGCAGACUGAGAGAAAUACCUACGAGCACUAUUCCGUCGUCCACGAGAAGUUCAUGUGGGAGGCUCGCCAGGAGCCUGGUGUUGUCGAUGCCUUCGCUAGGAUCUGGGGCACGCACGAACUGCUGGUCUCGUUUGAUUCUCUGAACGUCACCCUGCCCAACCUCAAGACACCCCGUGCCCCGUGGCCGCAUAUUGACCAGGCCCCUCGCAAGCGUGGGCUCCAUUGCAUCCAGGGCAUCAUCAACCUGAGCCACGCCGGUCCCGAAGACGGCUCUCUGGUUGUUAUCCCCGGCUCAUCCAAGCUCGUUGAGGAGUUCUUCGACACAAAGACCGACCCCUCCACUUGGGAAUGGAGGGACAACCGCUAUUUCGACGACAAGGACAUGGAAUUCUUUACCAGCCGCGGGCUGAAGCCAAUGAAGGUUCUCGCAGAGCCCGGCGAUCUCAUCCUCUGGGACUCGCGCACCAUCCACUGGGGCGGGGAGCCUACGGAGAAGAGCAACACUACUAGAGCAGUUAUCUACGCUGCCUACGCCCCGGCUAAGCUGGCAUCCAAGGACGCCCUUGAGGAGAAGGAGCGUGUCUUCAGCGCUUGGGGAGCCACUACGCACUGGCCGCAUGACAAUAUCAAGUUGAGAGACCUCCAAGCGAGGCUGCCAGAUGGGACGCCGGAUCCUCGACACCGUUCUGAGCCGCUAGAAAAGCCCGAGGUCACGGACAAGGUGCUACGACUGGCAGGAGUGAAAGCGUACUGAUUGUCAGAGCUCCCGAGUCGAGUCAAAGCCCACAAGUACAUUUGGGUAGCUUUUAACGAGCAUCUGGUAGCCAGUCUGUGUCGAAUAGUUUUCUCACCUGGAGUAAUCUGUAUCAUAAAAAAACUAGUCCACUCACGUU